GAGAUGUUUGCGACGGCGGCGCGGUGGGCGGCGAAGAAGGGGAAGCCCAAGAUGGCGCCGAUCGAGCCGACGACGGCGCCGGAGCAGGCGCAGUCCAUCACCCGCACCAUCUUCGAUGUCGUCAAGGAGCAUGGCCCCCUCACCAUCUCCGACGUUUGGGAGCACGUCAAGGGCGUGGGGCUGAUGGGUUUGACAAGCAAGAGGCAGAUGAAGAUCAUGCUGCGGUGGAUGAGGGAGAAGCAGAAGCUCAGGCUCAUCGGCGACCACGACGGACCUCAAAAACAGUUCCUCUACACGACAUGGUUCACCAACCCCAAGAAUGCGCCGCAGAGGCCCAAGAGGGAGCUCAACAAGGAGAAUCCCAAGCCAUGA